GGCUUCCCGCCGGCCGGGGCCCACGGCUUCCCCGGACCCGGGAGCCCUUGGCGACAGCCCUGGCCUCCUUGGGGAGCGGAGCCAUGGCUGGCAACGGCAACGGAAACGGCGACGCGGCUGCAAGGACUGCAGCCACGGAAGAAAACAGCCCAAAGAUGAGAGUGAUUCGAGUGGGCACCCGUAAGAGCCAGCUGGCCCGCAUACAGACGGAUAGUGUGGUGGCGACGCUGAAAGCCUUAUACCCCGGCCUACAGUUUGACAUCAUUGCUAUGUCCACCACUGGGGACAAGAUUCUUGAUACUGCACUCUCCAAGAUUGGGGAGAAGAGCCUGUUCACCAAGGAACUGGAACUUGCCCUGGAGAAGGAUGAAGUGGACCUGGUUGUUCAUUCCCUGAAGGAUCUGCCCACUGUGCUUCCUCCUGGUUUCACGAUCGGAGCCAUCUGCAAGCGGGAGAAUCCCUAUGAUGCUGUUGUCUUUCACCCCAAAUUUAUUGGGAAGACUCUAGAGACCUUGCCAGAGAGGAGUGUCGUGGGGACCAGCUCCCUGCGGAGAGCAGCCCAGCUGCAGAGAAAGUUCCCCCAUCUGGAGUUCAAGAGUAUUAGGGGAAACCUCAAUACCCGGCUUCGGAAGCUGGACGAGCAGCAGGAGUUCAGUGCCAUCAUCCUGGCUGUGGCCGGCCUGCAGCGCAUGGGCUGGCACAACCGGGUAGGGCAGAUCCUGCGGCCUGAGGAAUGCAUGUACGCUGUGGGCCAGGGAGCCCUGGGUGUGGAAGUGCGAGCCAAGGACCAGGAUAUCUUGGAUCUGGUGGCUGUGCUGCAUGAUCCCGAGACACUGCUUUGCUGCAUUGCCGAAAGGGCCUUUCUGAAGCACCUGGAAGGAGGCUGUAGUGUGCCAGUAGCAGUGCAUACAACCAUGAAGGAUGGGCAGCUGUACAUGACUGGAGGAGUCUGGAGUCUGGAUGGGUCCGAUAGCAUGCAGGAGACCAUGCAGGCCACCAUCCAGGUCCCUGCCCAGCACGUAGAUGGCCCCGAGGAUGAUCAACAGCUGGUAGGCAUCACGGCCCGGAACAUUCCACGCGGACCCCAGGUGGCUGCUGAGAACCUGGGCAUCAGCCUAGCCAACUUGCUACUGAACAAAGGAGCCAAGAACAUUUUGGAUGUUGCCCGGCAAUUGAAUGAUGCCCACUGAAGGACCUGUGGGACCCAGGUGUCUGGGCUGCUGCUCUCCAGUGCCUACUCGGGCCCUCUGGGACGAGUUCUGCAAACUGAACUGCAGGGUGGUUCCACACUUCCAGCGAUCUGCCUCCCCAAGGUGCCCGAGUGGUCACCUUGUGGGGUCCUGGUGAAUGGGGCCUUCAUCUCUUACAGAAAAAAAAUCCAACCCACAGCCUUUGAAUGUAACCAAUUCUACUAAUAAACCAGCUCUGAAGGUG